CCAGGUUAGGCUGACUGGUGACAACAAUCCGAUUUUCUAUAAUUGAUAAUAAUUUGAAAUAGUUGUUCAUCGAUAUAAAUAAUAAAUCGUUGUUUGAUUUACAAAGUUUACAUGUUUAUAAGUCGUAGUCACAUGAUCAGAAUACGUCAUUUCCAAAACAAAAAUGGCACCUGUUUGUUGACAAACAUAAGCAGCAUAUUUACUGGGUCAAAUCAAGCAAUAUGGAUAACCCUAUAAUACCCAAUGGAGAUAGUUUAAAUAGACACAGUGAACAAAUAUUGAAAAAUAUUCUUAGUCCGAUUGAACCUUUUGUGAUGCAAAUCCAAAGUCUACUUGUGUGGGAAAGUCCAAGAAGAAGUGCAGUGUUAUUUAUUAUUAUUCAUGCUAUAUUUUGGUUUUUUACAGUAUUUGGUGGCCGAAUCUUUUUUCUUAUCAGUACAGGAUUGAUCAUUUCAUAUUUUAUACGGACUUGGAAGAGAAAGAUAUGGCCAGAGAUUAGAGUUCCACCAAAAGAGCCAGAGGAUCCAGACAGCUGGACACCUGUUCACCCUCGUUUAUUGAGUGUGCCAGAAAUAUGUAAAUAUCUUGCUCAAAUAUGGUGCUCCUUUGCUAAAGUUGUAAAUAGUUGCCUGUCUUUUAGAAGAAAUUACAGAUUUUUGUUUUGUAUUGUAAGCUGUAUUUUCUUCAUAUCACUGGCUGUACUGGGUCAUUAUAUCCCAGGAUUAAUGUUGUCGUAUAUAACUGUGAUUAGUUUAAUGUUGUGGCCAUGUGUUUUAUAUCAUAACCUUCUACAAAGAUUCUACCUCAAGUUUGAACCAUUGUUCAUGAAACUAGACUACUCACUAAAACUGAAGUCUAAGUGGUCAUUUAAAGGAAAGAAAUCUCGAACUGGUGAUGCAAGUCUUAAUUCUUUUGAUGAAGACAAUGGCAAUACAGACACAGAUUCAGAUGAUUUUUGUCCCUCACUGGACCCUGAAGCUACUGCUGCACUUGCUAGAGCCAUUACUGACAGUGAAGAUGAGAGUAAUGGCUCACCAUCAAUUAACACACCCAUGUUGUCUAAAGAACAUUCAUUUAGUGAUGAUCAUGAUGAGGAUUUUACACCAGAUCUAGGCGAUCUACCUUCAAUUGGUUAUUUAGAUGACACAGACGAUGAAAUUUUAGAAACACCACUUCCAAAAUAUAAAAAUUCAGACAAUAACCCAAAUGGACAAGAUACAAUGAAGUUUCAUCCAUCACAUUUUGGGGACAGUUCAGAAGAUGAAGAUGAGACAUUGACCAGAGAUCUGAAGUUUCCUGACAUUCAUGAGGUACAAUCACCUGAACCCAGUCAACCUGUGCCUCAGCAGCAGGAUGCAGGUAUGGCUUUAAUUGCCUCAACAAUCGUGUCUCAAACAUUCUCCUCCAUGAUGCAGUCAGCAAUGUCAGGUUUUAACAAAAUGGCAGCAACCUCAUCAAGUGGCAGCAAAUCAAGUAAAGUGACAUAUGUGAAAGACGAAUCAGACGUAGAUAUACAUUCAGGAGACCAACUUGACUCCUCACCAAGACGUCAGUCAUCUGACAGUGAUGUUGAUGACAUUGCAGAUGAAUUUGAAUUUCUAGAUCAGUAUGAUGUAGAGGACACAGAUAAGACUCAAUAACUGAGCAUAUAGUUUUUAAUUGUGAAUCACUCAUCUUCAAUGCUUUAUGUUGUAUGAAACAAACAGUAUUCUAAAAAAAAUACUGUUGAAAGCUAAAAUUGUGAUUUUAAAGUAUAAAUUGACAUUUUUUAUACAUUUGUUUACAUUGGGAAAGGGAGUACAUGAUAUGCCAUCACUUGCAGUCUUAUCAUUGUAAACACCUUUGAUUUAAUUGCUGGCCAAUUCCAAAUUCACAUGGGAUAAUUAGAAAUACUGUCUUCUCUAAAUAUAAUAUAGGAUUUUUCUAAGGGAAAAAUAUAGGUUGUAUUCUUGAAGACUUUGUUGCUCACCUGCCUUUAUCCCUAAUGUUCAUGAUAGAAAUUUUAACCAAGAUUCAAUUAGAAAAAUUGAGGCGAUUUUUAUGUCCCACCUACAACUAUGACAAUAAGGGAUAUAUUUUCAUGUGUUUAUCUAUCCUUUUGUUAUAGAUAGUCCCCCUAUUUGUGUCUUAGUCCUUUACAAGUCCAAGCAAUAUUAAGGUUGGUUACCAUAAUGCUGUAGUAACAUUAACUUAUAUCUUACUACUCCAUGUCAUUAUAAUUUGAACUUUUAUAAAAUGUAUGCAUUACUAUGGUUUUGUAACAGAUAUCAUGGUUCACUGAACAUACAAAUAUAUUACAGAGUUGUUACUUUCCUUGUGACAGCAGCAAUGAACAUUAUAACAAUUUGGAAAUAACCUAAAUACGUUGACCCUAUUUUCUUCAAAGAUGCAAUGAUUCAUAGGAUCCAAUCAAAGUAAAAUUAAUCAUCAAAAACAUAUCAAGUUUUUAAAAAUAUCUAUGCAUUGGUAAUUGGAGCUUUGAUGAUUUCAAGACAAAGGCAAGAACUUUAUGUUGUGUUUAAGUGGUUUCAUUACAAAUGUUCACCUACUUUUAUGGAAUAAGUUCAGCAAUGAUUAAGAAAAUAAAAUUAAAUAAAUGUUCUUUUUUUAAUGUUUAAGUUUGAUGUUUUCCACCUGAAUGAAAAACAUCUGAAGUAAAAUCUGUGACAUGACACAUUGACUGUUACUUGACCUUGAAAAUCAAGUAAAAUCUGUGACAUGACACAUUGACUGUUACUUGACCUUGAAAAUCAAGUAAAAUCUGUGACAUGACACAUUGACUGUUACUUGACCUUGAAAAUCAAGUAAAAUCUGUGACAUGACACAUUGACUGUUACUUGACCUUGAAACAACAUUAAUAUAUUGCAGCAGGUGGCAUGUUUUAGUGUUCCAUAUUUUGUUUGUAUAGACAUAGAAAAAUGUUUUGUUUAGUAUCAAAGGUUGGGGGGGGGGGGGUAGGAGGGCCAGGGCUUUCCCCUUUCGUGGGGAAAAUUUGUUUGAUUAUAUAGGGAAUCACUGAAGAAUGACUGGAGCCCCCUUUUAGGUCAGUCAGCGGGCCCUCCUUAUGAAAAGUUCUAGAUCCGCCACUGAUUACUGACUGUAAAUUUUUUAAAUAAACCAAUAUAAAUAUUAUUUCAAAACAUUAAGUAUCAUAAUAAUAAUAAUAGUUGUUCAUACUAGAUCACCGGAACAAAAAUCAAAUUGAAGUACACAGAAGCUUUUUGAAUUUGUAAUGUCUAUUGUCUUGUGUGGCAGAGUCAUAUUUUGGAUAUUUAAGGAGUAAGCUGACAAUUUCAGCCAUGUAAACUUAUUUGUAUACCUCAUUUCACAUGUUUUGGUGAUAAAUUUUUAAUUUGAGUUAAGUGUCAUUUAAACCUUUUUAGUAUCUUGUAUUUUUACACUUACAGAUCACCCACACAUAACAAAAGCAAAAGGAAUGAUUGAUCUGUUGUAACAUAUUAGAUAAAGUAUCAAGUAAAGCAUUAGCCUACUAUUUCACAUAGUUCGCAGGUUAAAGAAUGGUCUACUGAUCUUUAAUGGUCCUGUAACUGUGUUUCCAAACUUUAAUGGUUCUUAUAUUAUUGUAAUAGUUGUAAAACUACUAGCAAAUUAAAGUAGUUGAGUAGUAGAUAACAGCUUGAAGUUAAAGGAGUAGGGGCAAUAAGGCCCUUAUUUGGCCCAAAAAUUACUGCAAAUUUAAAAGGUAUCAUACAUAUUUUUAAAUUACUGAAAACUUGACUAAGGUAUAAGGUACUAAGAAAAACAAAUUAAAUAUGACAUCAAACAGGUUACCAUGGCAAUGAAUCAUGACCUUAUUUGCAUAUUUUGUUAAAUUUCGUGAUUUUCCUUGUUUUUUCAUCAAAUUUUAAGUAUAUUUUAGAUUGAAAAAGUAUGUGCGCACCCAAGAAACAACUUUAUAUUUGGUGAGAUUAUGACAAUAGUUAUAAUAAAGCUUCUGUUAAAUUAUUUUGUUGUUUCUCGGCUGCGCAGGAUGUUUCCUCAAAGGAAAUAAUGAUAGAAAACUGCAUAAAUUCUAUAUUUUUCUUCGUUUUUGUGAAAACAAUACAUAUUAUGACGUAAUUGUGACGUCAGCAGAUAACAAUCUUUCUGUUUUUAAUUUAUAUUUCUUGACCCUAUGCAUUUCUUAACAUUAUGUGCCAAUUUGAAAUGGUUAUCAAACAUUUUAUUUUCUUGGGCCAAAACUAGGCCUUAAUGCCCCUACUCCUUUCAUUGAACAAUUGUUCAUUCUAGAACAAACGUGAAUCUGUCACACUUGAAAAAUUCAUUGAACAUUAUAAUUUGUUGUUUUCAAUCUUACUGAAACGAUUGUUGUAUGUUCUGUUGAAGCAUACAAAGGCUGUUUAUACAUAUACAGUAUAACAUAUAUUUAUGAAUGAAACUGAUCAAUGAGUUAACCAUCUGUUACAUUUAAAUGCAUGAUAAUAUCAAUUCUAAUAUAAUUAUUAGGAAUUAAUGGUUCUGAUUGGAUGACAAUCAGGGUACAAUUUUCUGUCUACUAUUGUAAACUAAAGGAAGGCACCAUUUUGGAUUCCGGAAUGUAUUGACAUGUGAUUUCUCCAAAAAUAAGCAACUUAGAAUUCUUUUUUUUAUAUAUUUUAAUUACAUUAAGAGCAGGACAAGAAGCCCAAUACACCCAAUUUGGAACAGUAAUACUGGAUACUCAGAAAGUUUUAAAUGCAAUACAUCCUAAAUAGUCUUGUUAUUGGAGAAACGCUCUUUAAAGAUAAUGUUUUACUGGUAUUUGUGAUUGCCUUUCAACUUAGAUAAUGUAAUGGAUUAAUCAUCAAUUUUAUGUACAACAAAAGUAAUCAGCAAUACAUUAAAACUUCUUCAAUUAUUGCUAUCAUCAAUUGACUCUGAUAGGAGUUGUUGACCUGAAUUGUUAUAUUUUUUCUUGAAACUGUAAGCAGCAAAAGUGAUCAGUAAUACAAGAUCUAGAUGCAAAAGUGCUACCUGAUUGAAACAAUUAUUUGACUCAUUAUAUUAGCUUAUUAUCAUUGUUUUACCUUGCGAGCAUUUCAAACUCUAAGGGGCUUAUAGUUGUUGAUUGUUAACCCAUUAAUUUGAAACAAAUUAAUUUCAAAUGACGCAAGCUAUAAUUGUUUUAAAUACUUGCAAAAUAUCAUUUGUUUCUGUAUCUACUAUACACUAGCCAGAUCUAAUGUUCAUUGCACCAUUUCUACUGUAUACAAUGUUGAUUCAUUUAGAUCCUAUAUAUAUAUAUAUAUUUCUAAUUUAUUCCUUUGUUUUUUGUCUACUGAUUUUAAAUUUUGCUAUGUACAAUGUAAACAAGCAGCAGGUGCUAUUAUUAUUGUAAUAAACUGCAUUGAAGGACAAGUUUCAUGGUCAAGUUUUUAUUUUUGUGUGCAGAAUUUACAAGUGUAUUUGUUAUACCUAACCCAUGGUCAAAUAACAUUGUUUUUUUAAGUAUGAGUUUCACUUUUAAACUUUGAGAUAACCGGAGUUAAUACAUUGACCAUAUAAAUAUCUUCAUAUCAGAAAAAGCCAAUAAAUUUCUUUCAGAAUCCUUAUUCCUAGAUAACAACUGCCAAUGGUAUUCUAUUAUUUAGACACUAGCUUGUAGAGAUGUAUAUGAUUUUUCAAUUGAUAAGUUAAAUCACAAUACAAUAAAGCAAACACUUUAAAAACCAAACUAAUCUGUGCAAAGCAAGAUUCGUAUACACAUGUGCAUAUUGAAAACAAGAGAAAUUGGUUCCAUUACUCAUAAUUUUGGCACUAAAAUUUCUAAAAAAAAAUAACAGAUUUGCUGGCAAGCAUUUGAAGAAAAAAAGCAUAUGUUUAAUAAAAUGUUCAAUUGCUUCAGUUCAAAAAGGUUUUCACCAAUUGCUAUAUUUGUAACUUCAGAAACGUAGAUGAGCUUUGUUUAAAUCUGAUUUUUUUUUUGUAUAACUCAGUAAAAUUCACCAUAGUUAUAUGAAAAUUAACAGUAGUGCCACCUUAAACCCUAAUAUAUUUACCGAAAUAUUCUGUAUAUACCCUAUUCUUGACUUUUUAACCAAAAUUUCAAUGGUGUAUUUUGUAUCUGAAGAUUAUGAGGCAUAAGUAAGAAAACAUCUUUUUCCAUAUUUUAAUGAUUUUUUUAUCAUUUUACUUCUCUUAUAAAUAUUUGAUAACUGUUCAAGACAGCAUGGUGACUUUAUAUAGUCAGCUCUUCUGUAAGUCUUUAGUGAAUAACAUGUCUUUUAGCAUUUAUUAAUACACCAUUUUUUUUUUAUCAAGAAUGAAUUUAAUUGAUAAUAAUAAUGAAAUAGAUAUGUUAAGUCAUAGAGAUAAAAAAAAACAAAAAAACAUCCAACUACUUACCUGCUUUUCAGAAUAGUGACAACUCUUUGUAAACCUAUUGAAAAUUGUCUUUUUAUACAGAUGUUUAAGCAUGAUCACACAAGCUUUUUUUGCACUGUUUAGCCUUGUUUUAUAGUUAAAUGGUAAUAGUUCAACUUAUAUGUGUUUCAGUGUACUGUAAUUUGUCCUUCAAACUUUCAUUUUGUGAUUCAUUGUAAAUUGAUUAUUGAGAAAACUUUUAAGUUUAAGAUCACUUAGGUUACUGACCAUGUUAUAUUUUGCCAAUACGUUGCCUAUGUUAAGUUCAUGUAAGUGUCUGUCCAUUUAUAACUCCCACAAAUUGCUUUGAAAUAUGAGACCCAACUCAAAAUCAUAAAAGUUAACUUUUUAAGAUGGACUAAACAAAGUGAAAACAUUGCCUUUUCUUCUAACAUAUACUAAAUUUACUAAAUUAUAGCUCAGUAUGAAACAUAUUUAUUGGGAUUUGCAGAUUUUUUAGCUGCCAUGAUGUGACUUUUUAUCAACUUUUUAGCAAUGUGAAUUUGCGUUUAAUUUUUAUGAGAUAGUAGCUAUACAGACUAUUGUGAUAGUUUUUUUGUUUGUUAUUUUGCCUAAUAUAUAUAAAUAUAGUUGCUAUGGUGGUUACUUUGUUGUGUACAGUGAUUUUAACACAAGUAUGUACUCUUUACAUAUUAAUAAAGGAUUAUUUAUAGA